AUGGCCUGGUGGGAAGGAAAUAUCAAGGGGCAGAGACUCCUGGACAUCGGAACAGGACCUUCUCUAAUCAACUUGAUAAGUGCUUCUAGAUGCUUUGAAGAAAUUUAUCUCUCAGAUUUCUCCACCGCUAACCGGAAUGCUCUGAAAAAAUGGCAGAAGAAAGAGGAAAGAGAAACUUGGAGCUGGGAGUCUUUCUUUCGUCAUGUGGCGAAGUUAGAGGGAAACGAAGACAGUUGGAACUCGCUACAAGAUGAAUUCCGAGAUAAAACGAAAGCCGUAUAUUUCUGCGAUGUGAACAACGCCAACCCGUUAAGUCCCGUGGAUACGGCCCCUUUUGAUACAAUCACCACCAGCUAUUGCUUGGAGACUGCGUGUCAGAACGAGGGGGAGUAUCGGCAAGCAAUGAAAAACGUUGCGUCGCUUCUGAAACCAAGGGGGUAUUUCAUUAUGCUGGCAGGGUUGAAGGAAACUUAUUAUCUGGUUGGAGGUAAUAACUGGCGAACGCUGCCCCUGCAAGAGGAACAAUACAGAGAUGCUUUGCAAAAGGCAGAUCUGGAAGUUGUUUCGUGGCAUCCUAUUAAACGCCAAGAGAAUGUUUUGGAUAUUGAGUCCGACUAUGUCGGUUGCUUUAUUGUCGUUGCGAGAAAGAAGAAUGGUCCUUAA